GGUCAAUAUGGUCAAUCGUGUGUUUGAUUGGAGAAGCAAGGUGUUGUCAGGAAUUCUUCUUAACAAAGGGUGCAGUUACGACAACGUACAGAAUUACCACACCAGAAGCUUGAACAGUGGUGCUGUGACGUGGAGAACACUUGGUUUAUCAAGUCAACUGGCAUUACAGGUCUGGGAGUUCCUUUUUUGAGAGUGAACUAGAGGUGAUUACACUUCUUUAAAUGUUCUCUCUUUAAGCUUCUCAGUACUUUGAGCAAAAAAAUUCUCUUGAUUAACAAGCACUAAUGUUCAAAUUCAUAGUUGGUCAUCGAACGAUGCCAUUGUUUAUUGAAAGGUAGCAAAAGUUGUUGCUUCUUUGUGAGGCGCUUAGCUUUAGUGAAAACGGAUAGUACUUGUGUUCUCCUUAUCAAAUGGCUUGCCGGAUAGAUAAAAACACCAGUCGAGUCUUCUAGUCGCCAAACAAGGGAGAUUUUCUUGGCAAGCAAAGAAAAAUACUAAAUUGAUAUUAGAUAUAAGGUUAGGAUCAUGAGCAAAAUCAAAUACUUUAAAUGGUUUGAGGUUUUUACUCCGGGGGCUCAUAUCAUCAUUUCUUUAAUCAUUUCUUUUUAUUGUGUUGGUAUUCGCUUUUAAUUUCACUGUUUUCCUGUUUUUUUAAGACCCUUGUUGCUUGCUUCUAAAAUGACUUAAAAAUAAUGGUUAUGCAUGAUUGAUUGGACCAUUAACACUCUAGUCACACGUGAGCCUUUUUUGUUGGUAUAAAAAAGUGGUUCGAUACAAUUAAUUUUCCAGGGUCAAUACCUCCAAAGUUUGAGCAUAAACUAUGUCGCCAUAAACAAAGAUAUGGAAAAAUUGCCACCAACGUUAUAUCAUGCAGGAGCACCCAAGGAGAAUAUAGUUCAAAACCACUUAAACAUAGCAUUGUUGAACGUAUUUUAGUAUCUAAACGGUAGAUAUAGGCAUAUUUUUAUCCCCUAAAACUUUUUCAUCUGUUCGGAAUCCGUAGCUGAAAGUCUAGUGAUCCGAAAAUUAUAGGGAUCAAAACUUGCCUUUUCGAAAAUUUCAGCCAGAAAAAAGGCUCCCGAAAAUUCUAGGUCACCUUUUUAGGGUAAAAAUCCUUUAAAAAUGGGCAAUUAUACCGUUUUUUAGAUGUUCGAAAACCCUAGGAGAGGCAGGCAAGCGAGGAAUUGUACAAUAAAUGUUCCGAAAAUUCUAGAUCUCCAAUCGUCUUCCGAACAGAUAUUUUCCGAAAAUUGACGUUGGGUGCCCCUGGUUAUAUUAUAUAAAGAUGAAAAAUUGUUAUGAUAUGGGUUGCAAUGACAUCGGAUUUGUCAUAGCAACGAAAUGACACCAUUCCCUAUUUUACUUGCGGCAGUAUUUCUCGUCACUGGCAACUGUUCUUCCAAAAUCGUUCACGGGAGCUUUUUCUCCUCCAAUGGUCGCCUCGAUGUUCGUGAAGUUUAAGCGAAAUCUGUAACAGCGUUAUCGAGAUAACGAAAUUAUGUGUUUACAAGCGAGAGCCUCUCAUUAUUCAGGGCUAUUGUCUCCAAGUUUCAUAUUUUCGUGGACAACGACAGCUAGCAUAUUUCAAAUGCAUUGUUAGUUACUGCUGUUCACGACGUGAAAAUGAAACUUGGAGACAAUAUCCUUAAAUAUUGAGAGGCUUUCACUUGAAAAGACGAAACUUCAGAUAACAAAUUAGCGAAUUGUAGCCUUUAUUUUACUGCCUUACAAUACAUCAAUAAUCUUGAAACUAAGAGGUCAUAGAAAAGGACAGUUAAUCUCGAUUCUUGAUUUUUUUAGAAAAAUCUAUCGAACCGUCAAAAAAUUAUUUGCUAAUUUGUUAAAGUACACCGAAAUGUUUACAGAACCGCUAACAAGAGUGCCUCGAUACAUACUAAUCAUAACUUUCUUUCCAGCAAUCGGCUGGAGCUAUCUCCAUGAUCUUUCACAUGUUUUCAAAAAGAUUGAAACUGCCUGUCAAAAGCGCUUCGUUUUCUACAGAUAACAAUCGAACAUCAGGAUUGUCCAUUUUUUUCCGUAUUUCUAGCCAUAAAAACUUCUUCCCAAAAUAUCUUGAUAACGCUCUUAAAGAUUUCACUUAAACUUCACGAACAUCGAGGCGGCUAUUGGAGGAGAAAAAGCUCCAGUGAACGAUUUUGGAAUAAAAGUUGCCAGUGACGAGAAAUACUGCUGCAAGUAAAAUAAGUAAUGGCGUCAUUUCGUUGCUAUGACAACUCCGAUGUCAUUACAACCCAUAUCAUAACAAAUUUUCAUCUUUUAUAAAAUGCAUGCAACUAUGGUGGCAAUUGUCCCAAAUCUUUGUUUAUGGCGACGUAGUUUAUGCUCAAACUUAGGGGAGGUAUUGACCCUGAAAAACUGUAUGGAGCAUCCUUAAAAGUAGCCAACUUCAAAAAUCAACUUUUUUCGCAGCAAAAUAAAAUCAGAGCAACCAAAGUAACAAAUCUGGUCAUCGCGAAAUCUCUUUAAAAUAUAAACAAACUACAUCAGAAAGACGAAAGACAAGAAGUAUUAUUUCAUCCAAGUGAAAAAAAGAAAACGAAAAAAGCAAAGUGAAUCAAGAAAGACUCAUAAUAGUUCCGCCAUAAAAACGUCCACUACAUUUAUUAAGCAAAACAUUUUAUUGCAGUCUAAAGAAGAGAUUUUAGGGGGGGUGGGGAAGGGGGAAGGGGGGGAAAGGGUGAGAACGAACCGUAAACUUAGUAGCUUGAACUAUACUUCUUAUUAAGUCAUUUAUAGUAAGGGACUCCAAGCCACAAAAUUACUUGAUGCAAAGGGUACUGUUCCCUGCAAUGUUGUUUCCUAGUUUCAGUUAAAGUUUAAUUUCCGUGAGAAAGGUAAUGUGAAUAAAAAAUCGGAAAGUGAUAAUUAUAACCAUUCUUAUUGACUCCGCUCCGGCUUAGAAUUCUUACAAGACACAUGUUAUUUACCAUAGAUUAAGAUAAGAGGACAAGAAAAUUAAGUUAUUGGUUUGAGCCAAAAAAUUAAAGGAACCGGGAUAUUUUCAGGUUAGCCCCGAAUACUAUGUGACUUCAUUUUGAUAACUAAAAGGAGGAGCAGGGGGAGGAGAACUGAGCCUGGUAAAUUAUGCAUAGUUACGUUUCAGUUCAGUUUAGUUUCUACUCAGUUUGCUUGGAGUAUUCUUCUCACAGCAAAGAAAAGAAGAAAAAUUUACUCAGGUCUUUUAUGUGAUCAGGAAUAUCGUGCCAGAGAUCUAUCGCCUGAAAUAGCAGUUUACAACAUGACAAUUAUGACAGUAAUUUUAAACAUGAUAAACGUUUCUUUGCAGCUAGCCAUUCACGUGGUACAAAACCGCCAUGCCGGAGAGCAAAAAUUGCACUGGGACAAGACAAAACAAAAGACAUACAUAAUUUUAAAUGACAAUUUCCUUUGUAUGUCUUGUCCCAGUGCGACUUUUGCUCUCCAGCAAGGCGGUUUUGUACCACAACCUUUUGCAUAAGGGCCUAUUUAGGCCCUGUUUACAUGGAGGUGGGGGACCCCAGGUAGGUGAGGUAACCAGCUUAGGUGGGGUAACCCGCCUGUCCAUAUGAUCUCUCAUUUUAACUUGAUCACGUUUACAUGAUAGGUGGGGUGACCCGCCAAGGCGGGUAACCCGGUCUACUGGACCGGGGUUACCCCCUCAGCCGGGGUCAAAUUUUGCCAUGUAAACGUUCAAGGUGUGGUAACCCGCCUAGCCGGGGUCUGAUUCGUGAUACAUCAAAUUCGCGCAAAAUUCACUUUGGCGGUGGUUUUGCAUCAUUAUUAAAGGAAACAAUAGAAAGCCACAGCACUGGAGGUUGCAGCAAGAGCAGCAAGGGAGUGUUCAAGAGCAUUUUCGCCAAAACACGUGGUUUGCCGGCAUAUUUCUUGUUUACGUCCUUAGCGACCAUGCAUUCAAUAAUAUUGAGGAAGUGCACCCCGGGAUGGCGGGCUGUAAGAUUGCAUGUAAAGGAGGGUUAAUUUUUUUUACCCCACCUAAGCGGGUUACCUCACCUACCUGGGGUCCCGCACUUUCAUGUAAACAGGCCCUUACAUGAAGAUGGGGGAUCCCAGGCAGGUGAGGUAACAUGUGUCAAGUUACCCCACCUAAAAUGUAAACGUGAUCACAUUAAAAUAAGAGAUUAUUUGGACAGGCGGGUUACCCCACCUAAGCGGGUUAUCUCACCUACCUGGGGUCCCCCCCCCCCCUCCAUGUAAAAGGGCCCUUAGUUUCCUUUUCCAAUACUCAAGGGACGAUUGUUACUCCCAAGAGAAAAUUGAAAACAAUUUUUAUACAAAAUUUUGUGGGAAAAACAAUUGCCUUAUUGGGAACGUGAGAGGCCCAAAUUUUAAAAUGUGAGGAUUUUGUGCGUCUUACUGAACAUAGCUGUACUGAUUUCCUGAUUGACUAGUCACACAUCCUACAUAAUAGAGUUACGUACGCCUGCGCACUAAGUAGGUACAAUAAGCAUACUUAUAAUUCAUCGUUAUUCAUCUUUCAAUGAAAAGAGGCGACAGAAUAUAUAGCUGGCUUUAUCUACUGGCAGAAGAAUGUAGGUCACUUUUGAUUUAAUUUUUCCUCUAGUUACAGCUACAAAAAAGUACCAGUCAAGUUCAGACGGCAUGAGAAAGAUGGAUAAAGUAGCUCUCUGUCUUCUGUUUCUCUGUGCAAAUCUUUUCGCGUUUAAUGCUGCCAAUCCCGGAUAUGAAGAUACAGAUGACGAUAAUGGUGGACACUCUACCGAGUUCAGACCCAUGGGGUACGAAUGGAACAUCGCAGAACUCGAAUAUGGCCAUGACAUGCUCAAUAAAAUUUACUCGCUCAGCAAAAAACGGUCUGCCUUCCCGAUUGGUAUCAGGGCCAUCGGUAAAAAAGGAGAGAAAGUUGAAUUUGAUGCUGAAUUUUACAAGUUCUACAAAGCUUUACCUGAAGUUCUGAAAACCUUGCAAGCACGCCUUGAAAGCGUUUUGAAAGACAACGGUAUUAUUGGAGUUGUGACUGGAAGGAUCAAGAGUUUGUCAUCACUGUCGGCGAAGAUGGAAAAAGACGGAAUAACGGACUAUCGCAAAAUAACGGACAUUGUAGGCGCCCGAGUUACUUUUCAAACCAUUGAUGAUAUUGUAAAGUUCAAGAAUGCAUAUCUUGAAGCUUUCAACAACACUGUAAACGAGAUCCGAUGCUAUGGUGUUUGUGGGCCCGCGAUUGGCAGCGUUGAUCAACGCGAAAAAAUUUACUGGCCCUGGAAAAGUUCCGGCUAUCGUCGUCUUCAUCUCAAGGUGUUUUGCUUUGUAUUUUAAGGUGACAGCCUGGUUAAAAGCUUGUUUUUAGUUUAUUCCUGCUCUUUUUCUUAAAUAUCUUGCCAAGAUUUCAUUCAAUCAAAAAUGACUCCGCUAAGUCGGUCGUCCUUGGUUCAAUAACUUUAUGAGAAUUUUUGGAUGAUUUUUCGAAUGUUUUUAAUGAAUUCAAUUAGGGGCGAUGUUGAGAAUUUUAACAAUUGGAGAAUAUUGGAUUUGGGGUUGUUAAAGAUUAGAAUAAAAAGUGAAUGAUUAGUUGACAAAUACCAGAUCUAGUCCACCACCACAACAAGAUGCAUCUGAUCCCAUCAGCGGACUAACUGAAUUAUGUGUACACCUUUCCUGCCAUAAUUAUUUCCUUCCCAAAUUAACAUCAUCACCAGGAUGCCGCCUUGAUGUAUCCUUUACUUAGAAAAUAAGGAUCUUCUUGCAAUUCUUAUUAAUAUAUAUUUUUUCUUCUCGCUUGUCUCUCUGACCGGGGAGAAAUGGUUACUGGUAAGAGGUGGCACUAUACCAAGUAACAAUACUAUAGGUGCCUGCAAAUCAAUGUGUGGGCUUGAGCGAAAAUCUUGCCCCAUUCGUCACUAAAAGCCUACACACCAAGAGUUAUUCAAAAUUUGGAUAACUUAUCCACUGAAUAGUGAUUUAUACGGUGGAUAGCGCUGUCCAACUUUGCAACAAUUUGGGCCAGCUCCCUUAGCCUAAAUCUUUUUCAUAAACUGAAUCUCAGGCUGCUCAAUUGAACUCCCAAGCCGCAAAGCGGCCUGGAAAUGUCUGAAUUUGUUUUAUAAUUAAUAUGUUGUCACUUUCAAAGGUAGCACUCCCAGAGGUUGAUACAGCAGGAGAGGUUCAAAUGGGAACACCAUACAUGACGCUCUGGGCAGACUGGGGACAUGACGUGGUUUACAAAGGGCCUCCACGCUUUACACAGAACGAGAAUGUCAAGAAGUAUGCUCAGAGGUUGGCCAAAUACUACAUGAUGCUUGAUGAUAUACGAAAUGAAAUGCUUCCAUCGUGUCCCCAAAUUUUGCAGGAAAGUUUGAAAGAGUCCGAUUCUUCUCUUAAUGAGUGCUUAUUCUGGAAUGACCUUCGCACAAAUAUGUAGUAAAAACUGUAAUUUUCUGGUGUUGGCUCUUGGUGUUACUAAUAUGAAAACUACAAUUUAGCUAACAUACAAGUAACUCGCUGAGUAAAAUAAAUUGUCUGCAACAAUGAUUGGAUAGAAGUGGAUUUAGCUUUGUAAAUGAUAACCCCUGGAUCGUGAGUAGGCAGGGCGGUACAACCACAUGGUGAAAAAUGGCUUUCUUACCGAGAGAAAAAUUCAGGGCAGGUUCAUGUCUAAAGGUCUAAUUAUGGAGAGCGAUCGAUUUGCAAAUUUACCGUAAAUGAAUAGAAGCGUUCAGUUGCAGCAUGCCAUUCAUCGCGUGUGUUGCAAUACGCUAUUGCAUAUUCAAGUUCAAUUAGCCGACGAUUGUUUAGAUCGUUAUUCCUAAUACGGACCAUUCUUUGUUCACAUUCAGUUAGCUGUAGAUCACGCUUAAAAUUAUUAUUCAUUGUGCAGUGUAACUUUGUAGUGAAAACCGUUAGGACGCUGAAUAAACUUCGCUCGUCAAAAUUAAAGUUGUCUUGUCAGGAUAUUUCUUCAUGCUGGAAGCAGAAAGUACAUGAGGAAACA